AACUCUUACCUGUUCUUACCUGUUCAAUGGUAAUCCAUAACGCUUACCUGUUCUUGGUAAUCCCGUUCAUGGCAUUGUGUUAUGCUUCAUUAUCCAUAGACCUCCCCUUUAUAUAUUAUGAGUUCUAGUAGGACAAAUGGUGCAAUUCAACUAGUUUUAGGCAUUUUUUUUUCCUGAGGAAAUGAAGUUUUCCAUUUUAUCAUUCCUGCUUUUUCUUCUUCUUCUUCUUCAUCAUCUUUUUGGUCUGCUUCUCAUUCCCUGGUUCAGCAAUGCAAAAGAAGACUUUGCCAGCUCUGGCAACAGCUCAGUGAUCUUUCAAGUUGGAGUGGUUCUGGAUUUGGAUUCAGAUUUAGCCCGGAGAGGAAUGACCUGCUUGAAUAUGGCUAUUUCUGACUUUUAUUCAGUUCAUAGCAAAUAUAAGACCAGGGUGAUUCUUCAUGUCAGAGACUCCAAGCAAACUGUCAUUGAUGCUGCUGCUGCCAGUCUCCAUUUGUUGAAAGAUGUAAAGGUUGAUGCAAUAAUUGGUCCUCAGAAAUCUGCACAAGCCAGCUUUGUGAGCAAUCUUGGAGACAGAGCUCAUGUCCCUAUAAUUUCUUUUUCUGCAACUAACCCUUCACUUCAUAAUCGAUCUCCUUAUUUUAUUCAAACAGCCCAAAGUGAUGACAUGGAGGUUGCUGCUGUUGCUGACAUAGUUAAAGCCUUCAAGUGGAAUCAGGUUGUUAUUAUAUGUGAGGAUUCUGAAUAUGGUAAUGGCAUUGUUCAUUACCUGUCAAAUGCAUUACAAAGAAUAAAUGCCCGUGUUUCAGGUAUAAGUGUCAUUCCCCUUUCUGCCACUGAUGAUUUUAUAAGCAAAGAACUAUACCAACUGAUGGUAUCACAGACAAGGGUAUUUGUGGUGCACAUGUCAGAUUCUCUUGGUGCCAAGCUCUUCUCUGAAGCCAAGAAAAUUGGAAUGAUGAGUGAUGGCUAUGCAUGGAUCAUCACCAGUGGACUAACAGAUUUAUUCUAUUUGAUGAAUACAGAUGUCAGGAAAGCCAUGCAGGGUGUAUUGGGUGUAAAGCCUCUGAUUCCCAAAACUAAAAGACUCGAACCUUUUGUAGCGGGGUUGAAAAGGGAGUUCCUCAAGGAUAGUUAUGACUUCAAAGAGGCUGAGGUUAUGAGCAUUUUUGGUAUUUGGGCAUAUGAUACGAUGUGGGCACUGGCUAUGGCUGCCGAGAGAUUGGGAACUAAGGAACCUCCAAUGGUUUCAAACAACCCAGUUGGUCUCAAUUCUUCAGACCCAUUUCAUAUUGACAUCUCCUCGACAGGUCCUAAACUUCACAAAGCAAUACUGAACACAAAGUUUGAAGGGCUUGCAGGGAAUUUCUCACUUAAGGAUAGAAGACUGAAGCCUUCAUCAUAUCAAAUACUUAAUGUGGUCGAAAAUGGAGAAAAAGAGGUAGCAAUCUGGAAUCCAAAUCAUGGAAUUAUUAGUGGAAUCAAUGCUACUUUAAAAGAUGUUGUGUGGCCAGGUGAAUCAACACUAGUACCCAGGGGAUGGGAAGUCCCAAUUGUAGGUAAGAAGCUAAGAAUUGGAGUGCCAGUGAAGGCUGCUUUUAAAGACUUUGUGAGAGUGGAAAGGGACAAGGAACUCAACCAAAUCCAAGUUAGUGGAUACUACAUUGAUGUCUUCAAUUCUGUCAUGUCAGCAUUGCCAUAUGUUGUGCCCUAUGAGUUCGUUCCCUUUGAGAAACCCGAUGGCUCAAGUGCAGGAAAUUAUAAUGAUCUAGUAGAGCAAGUAUCCCUUCAGAACUUUGAUGCUGCAGUUGGGGAUAUAACGAUCACAGCCCUCCGAUCAAAUUUUGCAGACUUCACAUUGCCCUUUACAGAAGGAGGGGUGUUGGGUAUAGUCCCAAUAGCAUACGAGGAUGUGGACAGCAUAUGGACCUUUUUGAAGCCCCUAACAAAAGAACUUUGGCUAACCAGCAUAGUGUUCUUCAUUUUCACUGGCAUGGCUGUCUGGAUUCUUGAACAUAGGCUUAACUCUGAUUUCCGAGGUCCUCCUUCUCAACAUGUUGGCAUGAUCCUAUACUUUUCAUUCUCGACACUAGUAUUUGCACAUAGAGAGAGAAUUGUGAGUAAUUUGGCACGGCUUGUUGUGGUGGUUUGGAUGUUCGUCAUACUUAUUUUGAGCUCAACUUAUACAGCCAGCUUGUCAUCAAGAUUAACAGUACAAAGGCUUGAACCGGCAAUCAAAGAUGUGAAACAGCUAAUCAAGAAUGGAGACUUUGUUGGCUGUCCAGAUGGCUCCUUCAUUAUAGACCUAUUGAAGGAAAAGGGAUUUCAAGAAUCCAAGAUCAAGACUUAUAAAUAUCCAGAGGAUUCCCAUGAUGCAUUGUCUAAUGGAAGUAAAAAUGGUGGGAUAUCAGCUUUUUUUGAUUCGGCUCCUUAUUCCAAACUCUUCCUAUCGAAAUACUGCACCAAAUACACCAUUGGACCUACUUACAGCACUGAUGGAUUUGCUUUUGCUUUCCCUAGAGGGUCUCCACUAGUUGCGGAUGUAUCUCGGGCAGUGAUUGAGCAGACAGAAAAUGGAAAGAUUCUAGAGAUUGGAAAACAAGGCCUCAGAAACGAUGCAACAUGUACAUGGUCUGACAGCACACAGCUGGGACCAACAAGUGUGACAUUACAGUGUUUCAAAGGACUUUUUGCCAUCACUGGGGGCAUAACAGGCUCCUGCCUCCUAGUUUUCCUAGUCAGCUAUGUAUACCAGAACCGAACAUGUUUGCAGACAAUCUUGGAUUCUAAAACUACUCUUUGGUCAAAGAUUGUAGCAAUAUGCAGACAUUUUGGUCAAAGAGACACUUCUGCUGGUCCACCAAGAGAUCUCAAAGAGAAAAUCCCAGAUGCAGUAGGUGGUGAAGUUGGUUCUUCAUCACAUAUUAGUGAAGUGCCUGAUCUAUCAAGAAUUUCAUCUCCUUCAAGUGCUGUAGUGCCCUUGAAUAUGGAAGAACAGAACAGUGCUAAUGUGAACAUGGGCUUGAACACAGGUCCUGCUGCUUGACACCAAUCGGAAUG